AUGACGCGAUUAUCGUGUACAAUAUGGGCGUUAAUACUGAAGAGUUUAAAGAUAUCGAUUUUUCAAACGUGUUUCGCCAACGCUAUGGAAGACGAGUACGGUUAUCCUCUGAUAUCAAGUCCGCCGGUCACUUCUUUCUUAAUCGCAUCAAGUGUCUACGUUAUCGUCAUGAAUUCCACCAUUUUCCCACAAUCGUUUCGGCAGCCGACACCUGCUUUGAUGUGUUUGUACGAGUUUCUAGUAACCGCAUUCUUCCUGGAAUUUACAAUCGCGUGUAUAUGGACACCGAUAGACGUAUUUAUCUUAAGCACGCUGCCAAGGAAAGUUUUUCUGGUAACGUAACGAUUUGCCUAUCCACUUGGUUCAUUUUUAAUAUUAUAAUAGCGUAUAAUUUUAAUAACUUAUGCUCAC